AUGGUUGAUCAAGAAGAGAAGACCAUAAAAGGAAAUAAUAUGAUGGUGGGAACAGCCACAGGGUUUGAUUCUUUUCAUCAUGCUAACUUAUCAACAACAAUUAACCCUAAUGAUCAGUUCUUCAACUUUGAGCAAAACAACUCAGUGAGUCACAACAACUCAUCAGAAGUCUUUUGGAAACCCUCAUCACCAGCUUCCAAUAAGCCCAUCAUGACUAUCGCCGGCACCGGAGAUUUCUCUCAGUUUGAUGAUCAUCAAUCAUCUCUCCAAAGAUGUGUUUUAAUCCCAUGUGAACCAAAUGAAAGACCAAGUCAAGGUCUUUCUCUUUCCCUCUCUUCAACCAAUCCAUCAACUAUUGGAAUUCAACCUUUUGAGCUUGUUAGACCUUCAUCAGUACCACAAGAUCAUCAAGGGUAUUUUGGCAAGCCCAUGAAUAUGCCUGAAGAACAUCAUCAUGAUGAGUUAUAUACAAAAUCUACAAAUAAUAAUAUUAUGAAUAUGAAUACCAAUAGCAGUGGUACUCAAGUGCUUCAACAUCAAAGUGUACACUACUACGGUAUAAGAAGCUCAAGAUACUUGGUACCUGCCCAAGAUAUCCUCAAUGAAUUCUGCAAUCUCGGUACAAACCAAAAUAAUGAUCAUUCAACCACAAAGGCUGCAAAGGCUCAAAGAAACAAUCAAUGGCAAGAUCAUGAUAACAAUAUUAAUGCUACUUCUUCAGAAAAUAAACCUUUAAAUACUCUUGAAUUCUUGGAGUUGCAAAAAAGAAAAUCAAAGCUCCUUCAACUGCUAGAAGAGGUGGAUAGGAAAUACCACAAUUACCGUCAUCAAAUGAAGGCAGUGGUUUCAUCAUUUGAAGCAGUGGCCGGUGAUGGUGCAGCAACGGUUUACUCAACCUUGGCCUCAAAGGCAAUGUCAAGACAUUUUAGGUGUUUGAGAGACGGGAUUGUAGGCCAGAUCAAGGAAACCAAGAAGGCCAUGGGAGAAAAAGACCUUUCUUCCCCUGGUGCCACCAAAGGGGAGACUCCUCGGUUAAGGCUUCUUGAUCAAACUCUAAGGCAACAAAGAGCGUUACAACAAAUGACAAUGAUGGAUAACCACCCUUGGCGGCCUCAACGUGGGUUGCCUGAGCGGUCUGUGUCUGUUCUUCGCGCUUGGCUCUUUGAGCAUUUUCUCCACCCGUACCCUAGUGAUGUGGAUAAACAUAUUCUAGCCCGGCAAACUGGUCUCUCAAGAAGCCAAGUAUCAAACUGGUUCAUCAAUGCGCGGGUAAGGCUAUGGAAGCCCAUGGUGGAGGAAAUGUAUGUGGAAGAAACUAAAGACCAUCAAAACAACAAUACUACCACCAAUAAUUAUAUCGAAGCAGCAGCAGGUCCCCAUCAUCAUGAAAACACUACGCCGGUCCCACAAACAAUGGAGCAAAAACCGACCCUUGAUCAACUCCAGAUGAUCGGCCGUAGAGAUUCUGAUUGCCUUUCGUCCAUAAUCAUCAAUCACCACCACAACGUCCAUACUACUACUAGUACAAAAAGCCUUGAUCAUGAGCAGCAGCCAUUAUUUGGAGCAGUAGUAGAUGAGCUGGAUUUCUCAUCAUACAAUCAUCACAACUUGAUUGGUACUGGUAGUAGUAGCGGAGGGGCGGUUUCAUUGACCUUAGGAUUACAACAACACGCAGCUGCCGGCACCGGUGGUGGUGAUGGGGUGUCACUUUAUUACCCCGCCUCCAGGGACCAUAUUAUUAUGGAUGAUGAUUGCCAAAAUGAUGCGGUUCAAUAUUCGUCUCUUUUGGAGCAGAGUGAUCAAGGACAUAAUUAUUUGCCUUAUAGGAAUUUGAUGGGGGCACAAUUACUUCAUGAUUUGGCUGGUUAGUUAAUUAGCUACGAUCGAAUCAACCUACCUACCUAAACCUACCUAUUAUUAUUAUAUACAUAUUUUGUUUAUAUUCAAUUUAUAAAUAGAUAAACCACAAACAUGGGGUCUAUAUAUAUAAUUGGUGAAUAUUAUUGGUAUACUUGAUUAUUGGCCGGGAUUUAGGAUAGUUACUGUAUCAAUUUUUCGUACUUGAAUGUUAAUUUGAAUAUAUUGUAUAUAUAGCUGCUAGAAAGGAUAUUAAUUUGUUGUCA